AUGGAUUUUUCACGUCUUCACACGUAUACCCCUCCCCAAUGCGUGCCAGAGAACACUGGCUAUACUUAUGCACUCAGGUGAGAAUCUUUUUCCUUAUGGAGAAGCUGCCUUCUAUAGGGCUUGGUUUCUUUGUAUGUUGUGGUUUUGUGGCAAGAUUUAAAUCAAGGAAAGAAACCUGGCAUUUUAUUAUAAAUCUAACUGAUUUUCCUGUUUAUAGAUACAUGUAGCAGUUUGGUUUUAGGUUUUUACAGUGGAUUCUAAUCCAGCACCACUGGUGACUAAGACAGUGACUCAGGAUUUGGCAGUAGCUGUAAAUAAAGUAUUUGGGAACCACACCCAAAUACCAUUGUUUUAGCUUGCAAAUGCAGGGUGGGGGGUAUUACAUGGCAGGGUGUGUGUGUAGAUAACUUAAUAUAGUUCCAUACUGCAAUGAGGAAUCCUUGUCAGUUUUGCAGAGUAAGUACAAAGGUAUAAAUUUACUAUUACCCGUAAUUGUGCUUUUAUUGCUAAGUUUUGCAAUAAACUUUUAAUGUUACAUGAUCCUGCAGUAUUAAUAUGGGCAGGGGUAACUGUUAGGAAGAUAGUAUUGUCAGAGAUUUGUCAGGUUGCCUAGACCUAGAUGAAAAAGGGAAAUAGUAGAUCAAGUUUGAGUAUUACUGAAUAAUGGUUAUGCCCCGAGUAGGUCACCAUGAAAAAUAUGUGGAGCUUAUAAACUGGUGUAUUCUGUAGCUCUUUUUCUCAUACUAGCCUUGUAAAUAGCUACUUGUUUGGUUGCUGGUGGUCAGUUACCUCCAGGCUACCAGGUAAGAAGUUUGCUUUACCUGGAAAGGGGUUGUAUCCUUCCCCUUUUCCAACCUCCACUGUGCCACCAACAUAGCAUGUGUGAGAAGUAGAUGGGGCUGGCUACUUUUGUGGAUUUAUUUCCAUCUCUGAAAUUUACAACUGACAAUUGUUUUUCUUGCACUGUUAAUGUUUGAGCAAUUUUCUUGUUUGUAGGACACCAUUUAUGCUGUUACUAGCUAGAGUAAUAAGACCUGAAAAACAAUCUGCAUUUGGGAGCAGCCCUCACAAAUAUGCUAUUAAACAAAUAGGUGUGUUUGCCAAGUGAAAACAAAUUGGGGCUAGUGGCAGCUGUCUGUAGCGCCUGGUACUUCAUUUGAAUAGUGUGCCUGUAGUCCAUCACUUGCAGAAGUAGAAUAAAAACAGCCGUAUAAUAACAAGUGUCAAUAGUAGCUUGUGAGGAGUGUUUAAAUAGACUAUUGCCAUCACUCCCUUAAAAGGCAAAAUUGUCAGCUGCCAGGUACUAAAUGAAGUUACAGCAGGAACAAGCAAUCUUUCUCAGCCCAAGAGCCACAUUCCAUUUUGGGCAACCUUAUGAGGGCCACAUGCCUGCGAUGGGUGAGGCCAGAGGCAAAAGUGGGAGGAAGAAUGAAUAUAAAUGUUAUUGGUUCAAGAAAAAUAGAUAUAAAAGGAAGAGAAUUCCGGAAUGCCAAGAUUCAAAUUUGGGGCAAGUACUCUUUGGUGAGAGAAAACCAGCGGAUAUAAAUUCAUAAAAUAUGAGGCAAAUAAAGUGUAAAAAUGUAGGAUGUAAAACCUUUAAAAUAUGUUAUUCUGGGUGAGUUCCAAAACUGUCCCAUUUAAAAGUUCCUUCUGAAGUUUCCCAGCAUAGAACACACAUUCGGUAACUUAAAUUGGUAUACUUACAAACUCACCAAAGGUCUCAGGAACCUGCCCUGAGAUUUUUGGGUAAUAAUAAAUAAUGUGUUCUUCCAUACGUCAGUUAGAAAAGUUGCAGAGGCAGUAAAAAGUAGCUUAGUUACAAAGCGGUAAAACAUUACUAAACUAUUUGUAUAGGAACACGAGAGGUUGGUGAGAGCAGUGCAGCCGAGCUGGAGGAACCAGCUCAGACCUCCUCACAUGCUGAGUUCUCAAGUAGACUGGGAAGCAGGGAACAAAGGGUUGUUUACCUAUUUCUGCCCAGGGUAAGGGGAAGUGACAUAGCUAAGCUUGGCAGGACAGCUUACUCUAUGGUAUUAAACCCUUCAUGCAUCAAUUAGACUAAAGCAUGCUGGUUAUAUGAAGCUGGUUAUCCUGUAAAUUUUACAUGCAUCCAUCUCUGUCCUUUAUUCAGACAAGCAAGAGGUAUGAUCAGAGUUCAGGGACCCAUUCAAAGAACACUCAGGCUUGGAAGCAGGGCCUCUGAAGGGUGCAACCUGGUCAGAGUUUCAAAGGCCAGCUAGAAACCUGGAGGCCUGCUUUCGGCCCCUGUGCUUGAACUUCCCCAUCUGUCAGUUAUCGUAGAACAUGCUUUUAAUGCAUCUUAAGCAACCCUGGUCUAGCUUAUCUGAGGCCCAAUACGAUUUGGGCUGCUGUGCAUGGCCUAGUUCUCUCUCAGACAGAAAACCUGUGUCUGGGCUGUCCCACUUCAGACAGUGGGUGGGGGUAGGGACUCGACACACAUGAUUGAAUGUGGCACUCCACACUCAAUCCCUGCAGACCCCUGAUUAUUUCUAGACAAGCUGGAGAUAAUUCUCCUUUGUGGUGGUUAAUCUUAAAAUGAUUAGCAAAUAAUUUAGACUCUCCUCUGCCCAUGUGCUGGAAUGUUCCCUUCCAUGCCAGUGGAAGGGAAGACUAUAUGCAGUUUUUUCCUAUGUGUGAAACUGCAGAAUUAAUGGAGAAAUAUGUUUAUAUAUGCAAUUAAAAGUCUAGAGUAUAAAUCUUGGAUCCUGGGAAGCUGCUUUAUACCAAGCUAGGUGAACCAAUGGUCUGACUCAGUAUUACACAUUGAUUGGCAGCAGCUCUCUAGUGUUUCAGACAAGGGUCUUUCUCAGCCCUACCUGGACAUAUUUAUUAGGAUUGAAACAUUUUGUUUGCAAAGCACAUGUUCUGCCGCUGAGCUACCCCAUUCUUCCCCAUAAAUGAUUGAACCCAAUCUUCUGUUAUGAUUGCAGUCUCCUGGCAUUCCUGCUUUUAAAACUGAAGCUGUGCACGUUUUUGUCUCUGGGUUUUAUUGGUGUAACUCAGAAGAUAAGCCAUUUUUGGCCUGCAACAGUUUCAGUUUAAUAACUUUUAGCAAUGAGAUUCUCAAGCCAGAAUUCUGUUUUUUUCCUCCAUCUAACACUAACCACACAACGCUCAAGGCUGCUUUCUCUUCAUCGUUAGUUCCACUUCACUGACAUUUGGUUUAAUGUGGCAUUACAUUUUCUUCUCCAUGAAAAGGGAGUCUCUUCAGACCAUUGUUUUGCUUUUAAAAAUGUAAUCCUAAAUUAAGGUAAAGGUACCCCUGCCCGUACGGGCCAGUCUUGACAGACUCUAGGGUUGUGCGCCCAUCUCACUCAAGAGGCCGGUGGCCAGUGCUGUCCGGAGACACUUCCGGGUCACGUGGCCAGCGUGACAAAGCCGCAUCUGGCGAGCCAGCGCAGCACACAGAAAUGCCGUUUACCUUCCCGCCAGUAAGCAGUCCCUAUUUAUCUACUUGCACCCGGGGGUCCUUUCGAACUGCUAGGUUGGCAGGCGCUGGGACUGAGCAACGGGAGCGCACCCCGCCGCGGGGAUUCGAACCGCCGAUCUUUCGAUCGGCAAGCCCUAGGCGCUGAGGCUUUUACCCACAGCGCCACCUGCGUCCCAAUCCUAAAUUAGUUUCCCCUAAAAUAACGUAUUUUCAUGGGUGCAUUUAACAACUUUGUUUUUGCUACAACAGACUAACAUGGCUCCCUGGAUAUAAGUACAGACCACUUGUUAUUGCAGGCACUGUGCUGGCCCUUGAAAAAUGUAUCACCAUUUUAAAAUUAUUAUUAUUUUUAGUUUACCACAUUACUUGAUUGUAAUAAUAAAACCUCUAAGUUGUUUACAAAAAAGCAUUAGAAUUAACAAAUGAAAACAGGUAUUUAAAAACAAUCAUAAUAUAAUAAACAAAAAGCGGUUGCUGAGUACUGCAAAGAUGCCUGUCUGAUAUCAAUAGGUGGUGCUGCCACACUAAAAAAUCAGAUUCUUACAAGUGUGGAACAAGUAUUGUAUGGCACCUGUAACAGUGCCAGUUCUGUAGAUUGGAGUGAAUGGAUACUUAUGGGGUAAGGCAAUCCACAAUUAAACUGGUCCCAGGCUGUUAUGGACUUGAUAUACUAACAGUAAUACCUUGAACUCGGUCAUUUGACAAAUUGGGUUCCCAUGCAGAUAUCUGAGCAGAGGCGUUAUAUGCUGACGAGGUCUCACUCCUGUCAGCAACUGUGCUGCAGCAUUCUGCACUAAUUGCAGUUUCCAGAGCAAGUACAGUAGAGUGCAUUUCAGUCAUGGGGAGAGUCACCAUGUCUGUCACCCCCACUCUUUCCUAAUGAUGACUUCACUGUAUCCUGCCACUUGAUAGUAGUAGUAGUGGUGCUGGGCAGGGAAACACAUGGGAUGGUGUUUUACGUGCAAAAGUGAAGCUGUGUGCUGCAGGAAGAAAGUAGCAUAGGGAAGACCAAUAGGUGAUCCUUUGUGGAGAGCACCUGCCUCGUCUACUCCAAAGUUUGUGUCACAGUUCUGCUUGUAAACUUAGUUUCUGGCCAUGCUUGCCAAGCUGCUACGCCUUUUAGGCUUCAAGAUAGGACAUAUUUGAAAGGAAGUGAAACAAGAUAGGACAUAUUUGAAAGGAAGUGAAACUACCCAAACUGAUCCCUUAUCAUCACUUUAACAGUGAUGAUAAAAACACAAAACCUUUUUGGAACCAGAGGGCCACAUUUUCUUCUUGGCAGCAUUCCAGGGAGUGCAUACCAGUGGUGGGCAGCGCCAUAAACAAAAGUGGCAGAACAGGAGAUGUGACCCUUUUCUUUGUGUAGGAGGUUACAGUCCACCCAUGCAAAAACUAGAGGUUUAUAUAAACAUACAUACCUCUGUUCUCCCAAGCAAGCAAGAAGCAUCAUCACAGUUUCAAGGACACAUUCCAGCAAUGCAAAAGUACUCAAUGAAGUUAUGGUCUGUGGGAGAAGUUACACCCCUGGGGAGAGUGACAAGGGCCAAAUAGAGAGGCCUGAGAUUCCCUACCUUUACUCUAGGCUUCAAAACUAACUUUCCUGAAGCACUGGAAUAUUUAUUCAUUCAUUUAAAAUAUUUAAAACCUUUUGAGGCUACUCUGAGAAAUUAGUUAAAGUGAUAAAAAGAUACACGCCCACUCCAUAGCAAUAAGUAAAUAACUGGACAUUAUUUUGUUUAAUGUCCAGUCCUGUAGAACAGCAGAUGAUUAAAAUGGAUUAUUUUAUUGCAACAGCUCACAUCCUGAAUGUCUUCAUAAGCAAGUGGGCCUCACGUUUCCCCCUUGAGAUUAAGAAAGAGGUAGAUUUCAAAGCCUCGAAAAGGAUGGUGUUCCUUUCUGAUGUUCUGAUCUUUCUGCAUGAUGGGAAGUAGCAUUGAUCUUCAAUAAAAUGUUGGGUUUGCACAAGGAGAAACGGGGACUCUCUCAGAUGAGCAAGGCCCAAAGAGAUUCAAAGAUUUAAGUGCCUUGAUUUUUAUUUGGAAGCAUUAACAGCAAUCCGUAUGGAUUGCUCAACAGCAGUUAAUUAUACUCCUGUCUCCUCAUCUCUGUUGAGUAGCUGCCUGCUGCCUUCAGCAGAUAUACCAAAAUCUUUUUCUGUCUUUUCUUUAUAGUUCAAGCUACUCAUCAACUGCUCUAGAUUUUGAGACUGAACACAAACUGGACCCUGUGUUUGACUCCCCAAGAAUGUCAAGGCGCAGCUUACGUUUGUCUGCUGUAACAUAUAACACACCUGAGGAUACACACAAUGAAGGCAUCUUUGGUGGUGGCAGCGGCUCCUAUGGCGGGAAAAAGGCAUUUGCAGACCAGUCAACUAAGUAAGCAUUUCUUUUAAUAGGUACUUCAUGUAAGUUACCUUCUUACUGCUUCCAUUCUAUUAAAUUUUAAGGGGUUCAACUGCAAGCUGUGAUUUUUGUUUUGUAUUUCUAUAUUGCAUUGGGAAUUAUGAUAGUUACUAGUUUUUCUUUAAAAGGUUUGGGUUUUCAGUGGGCAAAAAGAGGAGUACUGCUCCUCCCAAAGUUAGGCAUCUUCUCCUGGAGAACUGAAGGUGAUGCUUCAGUUUUGCAAAUACCUCUGUUGUACUGUAGAAUUUCUUUAAAAGAAUAUUUGUUAAAAAAUGGUACUAGUUACUAUUGUAGCCUCCAGUUGAGUUAGGUUUUCUUCCCUAACCUUUUAGCACAUGCUUUUGUGACUCUUGAGUCCAAGAAAAGUAGCAGCAGCAAUUGGAGAGUGUGGUUUGUACGAGAAACUCAAAGUACUGGUUAGUUGAGGAUGGAGCUUCUAUACUUUUAAUAGUUGCAUAAUCUUAAGAGUGGGGCAGCUUUUCUCACAUCCUUAACAAGCUGUUCUUGCCAAACUUCCCCCCUCUGUGCAAGAUCCUCCUUUGUACCUGGUCAUUCUGUGAAGCAUUAAUGUAAGCUCAGUGUUCUGCGUCCCCAGCUAAAAUAAAAGAGGCAAGUAGAUCUUCAAGACAGCUAUAUAUGUAGUCCACAUGGCUACAUUAUUUUCAGACCUGUCAACCACAGGAGAUGCUUCUCUGGUGACCAGUGACUGGUUACAUUUCUGGACUGUUCAAAUGGAUUGAUUAACUCUGUAACUGGAAAUUCUAGUAAUCAUUUUGUCUUGUUUUGCAUUGUGCACUCAGUGUGGUUAACACUGCAUUUUUUGGGGGGUGGGGGGAGUUUCUCAUUGGAGGUUCUCAUCAGAGAAAGCUAUGCAGUAUCAUUCAGGUUAUUCUAAUCUUGUUCCUUUUUCAGUCAUUAGCUGGAAUAUCUUUUGUCUACCCCUCCCUUACCAUGAUUUAAAUUGUUUAUUCUAUCAGUGAUUCUGGCUGAUCACAAAUAUGUUCAUACUAGAUACUAGAUGGAAGGAGGUAAUAUUCACAAGAAAAACAUUUUAGGAUUAUGGAUUAUUUUGGCUUCUUAUGAGAACUCAAAAGCUGCAAAUGGCAUGUAACGCAGUUCCUUCUGACCUCAGUGGGACUUAAGUAGAACCAUUUCACAUGUACACAUUGCCUGCACAGCCACCCUAUCCCCUGUAGAAAAUGUAUGAACUGUUCAUUGGGUUAAUCCCAAUGAAAUGGUUUGUGAGUGGCACUCUUUAAACCCUGUUACUGCAUCUUUAUUUUAAAGUAGUCCCUUCUGAGUUGCUUCCAAGUAGGACAAGGUAAAUCACAUGUUACUCAGUGGGGCUUCCUACAAGAAACCCCACUAUUAAUCUGCAUUCCAAAGGAUGCUUAUUUAAUCACCAAAGUUCAUGGGCCUUGCUUCUUGGAAAUAUUACAGUAACAGAGGAUUCAGAAUGUAUAUGUGCAUAUUGUUUUGUUUAUGAUGUGACCAUUUCUAGUGUUAAAAAUAAAAUAAAAUUGGCAUAGCCAGUCAAAAAAUUAAAAGUACAAUUGAUUUAAAAUGGGAGAAAUGCAGACUUUUACUUACUUCAUGCAUUAAAAGUGGACUUUAAAGGGUUAACUUUGCCUAGAUUAUACUACUUUAUUUAGAAGCUACAGCUAUUUAAUUUUAAUUGGACUUGUUUCCAAAUUUAGGAUCAGUGGUUUAAAAAAGGACUUCUGCAUAUUUUUUUGGCAUAGUAUAUAGAACAGGGUUGGCUUGAAAAGAGAUCCACAAAUUUGGAACAGCUUUGGUAUGCAACCAUUAUGUAUAGUUGUGACCCUUCUUUCCUCCCAUGAGUCCUUUGGGGAAAAAGAAUGUGAUGUUACACCAGGUACCAGAGUUGUGCAGAAGCAGAAGCAGUGUUUGUCACUGCUUGUGAUUAUUGUGCAAAGUCAGAGAUUGCCCUCCUCCUCUCAUGAGUCAUAUAGAACUCUGGGAGGGGCUGGCUUGAUAUUUUCACAAUGCAUAUGCUUUCAAAGAUGCUUAGAAGCAGAAUGAAAGCAUUUUUCUGUGUAUGCCACAAAAUUUGUGACAAGAUGGAUCUUCUUUCCUCAUUGGCACCUAUAGGUUAGCAGUUCUCAGGAAGAGAUUUAUUGUUAUCAUAAACUACCCUGGAAGUUCAGUUUUCACACAGUUCAGACACCUUGUGAAGCCAUGACUGUGGUGUCCUAAUUUCUCUGUCAUUUCGACUAAGCUGGGAAUUCUUAACAGAAAGAAAACAAAAAAACCAGCAAGCAACUCUGAAAUAAACUGUACUUUGCCUCAUUGUGUAGAUUACAAUCUGUAUAGGGUAUAGACCCUGUGGUUAGCAUAGACUGUAGACUGGUGUAUUUGAAUUGAGCCACUAUCUGCUGUGUGAUGGUUUUAAUGUUGAAGUAAUGUUUCCCAACUACAAAAUUAUUAUUUAUACCCCACCCAUCUGGCUGGGUUGCCCCAGCCAUUCUGGGUAGCUUCCAACGCAUAUAAAAACACAUUAAAAUGUCAAACAUUAAAAACUUCCUGAUACAGAGCUGCCUUCACAUGUCUUCCUAGUUUAAGAGGAAAGGAAAACUGCUUCCUUUUUUGUUGCUAUAGCCAGAGUAACACUGACAUGGCUUCAGAAGACCUGCUGGAUUAUUAUGCCCCUUUUCUUUUGCCUUGUGUUACAGAUUCUUAAUAUGCCUGAAAUGUUGGUAAAUGUUUCACAUUUAUGCUUUGACAUUUCUUUUUCUUUAAGGUUUGUAAAGCAGCGUAAAAGUGUGGUGAAACAGUCUGGCUCUGUAAGACAUACCCCAAGAAAAAGUGUGCCCAGCUCUUCCAGUUUUAGCCACAGUAGUUUCAGUAGCCACGCAAGUGAUGGCUCUUUAAUGUCAACCAUAUUGGAUGAGUCUUCAAUACAGGAGCAGACAGCUGUUGACCAUUUUUGGGGUAGGUAAUAAUGUACUACAAUACACAUACCGUAUAUUUAGCAUGUAUACUCUUAUCUGUCGUGUCAGUUCUAGUUCAAAGGGCAAGCUGCAUUAUACUCAAUAAGGCAGAGUAAGAAAGAAAUGGUUACACAUCUAGGCCACUGUCACGGCUAAAAUGGCCGCUGUUUCUUACAUUUCAAAACUAUAUAUAUAUAUAUAUACACACACACACACACACACACACACAUACAUGAAGAAGCAGUUUUGUGAUUAAAACAGAGGGAGAGGCCAUAGCUCAACAACACACAUGCUUUGUUGUUUGCAAAAAGUCGAGCUUCAGUCCCUAACACCUCCAGGCAAGGCUGCAAAAGAUUGGUCAAAAAUCCUAGAGGCCUACUAUAAAUCAGUGUAGAGACAAUACUGAGCUAGAUGGACCACUAAUUCAACUUAAUAUGGCAGCUUCCUAUGUGGAUCUAUGGCUCUAAAUUCUGCUGACCAAAUACAAGUGAAUUUGUACUUAAAGGAUCUCUCUGUAUUUUGAGAAUGAGCUUUCACAGAGUGUGGAGCAUGAAGGCUUACUAUCACCUUCAGAGUUGUGAAUAUGUCUACAACAAAACCCACACUUUGAUUCUUUCAGCAGAAAUACACGAUGGCUGAAGAUUCUGAGAGUUAUUAAACAAGGAAUUGUGGAUUCUGUAUUGAAAAGUAAAUUUGGUCCUGUAAAGUGUGUGUGUUUCAAAUAUAAACCCUGUCAUUGACUUCCCCUGUGAAAAGUUGCACUCAGGUGGCACUCCUUUUGAUGGGAGGCUAGGUAAAGGUAAAGGACCCCUGACCAUUAGUUCCAGUCGUGACCGACUCUGGGGUUGCGGCGCUCAUCUCGCUUUAUUGGCCGAGGGAGCCGGCGUACAGCUUCUGGGUCAUGUGGCCAGCAUGACUAAGCCGCUUCUGGCGAACCAGAGCAGCGCACGGAAACACCGUUUACCUUCCUACCGGAGCGGUACCUAUUUAUCUACUUGCACUUUGACGUGCUUUUGAACUGCUAGGUUGGCAGGAGCAGGGACUGAGCAACAGGAGCUCACCCCGUUGUGGGGAUUCGAACCGCCGACCUUCUGAUUGGCAAGUCCUAGGCUCUGUGGUUUAACCCACAGCGCCACCUGCGUCCCUAUAGUGCCAAUGCCCCAUGUUAUGAUUUGAAUUUUGGACAUAUAUGAAAUCAGUUUAGUUACUGGUAUGAUUUCAUUCAAGAUGACUUGUCAUUCUUACAGUGUUGGAUUUGCUUCCAUCUGUAAAUUGUUCAGGGAUUUUGUCAAUUUAAAAAACCCUUUGAGAUGGAAGUAUUUUUAUAGCAAUACGUUUCAAAAUACAGGGAAUAUGCAUUCCAGUCCGGCUGCUUUCUACUUGAAAUAGCAAGGUAAACAGAGGGUCUGAAUGUAAAACACUAGGAGAAUUGUGGAAGAUUCACUAAUGUCUUUUUUAAUGGCCAGGUGCCUGAGAAACUAGAGAAAGGGGAAACAGAGGGACAGAUGACUCUCUUAAAGCAGCUUAUAUCCUGUUUCCUGUCAAGGAGGCAUGCUGUGUGGGGAUUGCUAGAAUUGUAGAGCAGCAGGCGCAUUAAUUUCCAAGUGGAGCAAGGUACUGCUUUGUCACUGUAAAUUGACUUCAAGGACAGAUUUGAGACAAAGCCUUAGUCCACCUUGAUAAAUUAUCUUUUAUUUGGAAAGUCUGUGUAAAAGAGCAUCUGUGGGGCUACUGUACCUGGGGAGACAGAUGAGGAACAUAAUGUGUAUAAAGCUUUCCGCCCUCCUUCCUUAUAAUCCUUUCUGACUUGAGGUCUGACCUUGUUCAGGCCAAUUUCCCACUUACUCUGGUGUAAGGUGUGCAGGACUGGGCGCCAAAUGAGCAGCGCUACUGUCAGAAGAUCUUGAUCCUGUGUGAGCAGAGAAAGGUGCUGUUGUAGUUGUAGGCCGUAUGCUACUUAACUAGCCUAGUUGUAGGCCUCCGCUUACCUCAGGUUGAAGAAACUUGUGUUAACUACUAGUAGCGCAUUUUUAAGUGUAAAUUUUGGCAUUAACCGCCUUGUUUUACUACUAUGUAGUGAGCUACAGCUAGAGCAAGUGGUAACCAAGCAACAGAAACAUUGUGUGCUUCCAAUUAUCUAGCUUCCCCAGUAGCAACACGGGUAAUAAAAUACAGUUUUUUUGUUGCUUUACAUUUCCGCCUGGAAAUGUAACCCUGUUUGGUAGAUAACAUAAAUGGUUGUUCUUAAUAAAAAAAAGAUAUUCCCUUGUACAUAGUAAAGUUUCCACUAUGCUUCUUGUUUAUUGUUCUAGAAUUAGCAGGAGAAUUUCUUUUGGCAUAGCAGUUAACGUUGACUUAGAAAGAGUGCACCUCCUUGAAUUUAAAGAAAGCAUCCCUUUACUUUUCAGGUCUUGAUGAUGAUGGUGAUCUCAAAGGUAACCAGGCAGUCUUUUUCAUUAUAAUUUCUUCUCUCCCAAAUUGACUGGAUUUGGAUUGUUAGAUCAUUUAUUGCCAUUCAACAGGUGGAGACACUACAGUGAUUCAGGGCAAUGGUGACUUAGCAACAGCUGAGAACCAAACAACACUGAGCAAUGGGUAUACCUGCAGUGACUGCAGCAUGCUUUCUGAGCGGAAGGAGGUCCUCACAGCAUACUCGGCUGCUCGCAUGCCAUCCUCAAGAAUUUACUCCAGGGAUCGAAGCCAAAAACACAAGUCUAGUAAGUAAUGUUUGUGUUCAUUCUGUUGGUUUACCACUGUUGAGAAAUGGUGCAUGAAUGAAAUCUUACUGUGUGAAAAAUGUGUUGAGUUACAUUGGUUUAGGAUUCUAGUCCUAAAGGUUGGGGAAUUUUUGAUUUAAUAGAACAUUCCCAUGGCGAUCUGUCUGCGACUGCUUCUGGUACAAAGGAAGUUCUUGUGUGCUGCUGAUCCCUUUUUGAAGAUCAUGAGAUUCUUUCUAAUCAAAAACAGAGAAACCCAAGCAGUUUCUAGCAUAGAAACACCAGCAUGGUAGGAAUUGGUUGCUUCAUCUGAACUUGGUAGGCUCUCUUGAUGAACAGGUUUAUCCAACCCUCAUGCGUAUGGUAAUUUCACAUUGCAUAUCUUCAUUGUGAGGAAGGCAUCUGAUCACAUUUUUGUUCAGAAAAACUCCAUAGAACUGGUGUUCUUUCCAUAAGCUGUGCCAAUAGGCAUCUGAAGUAGGAGGCAGAGUUACUAGAGCGUGGUUACAUUCUUAAAUGAGGAAGAAUUAAAAGGAGGAAACUUUGGGCACUUGAAAGUGAGAAACCAGUCUCCAGAACUACUUUCCCAGAGCAACUGUAUCUAACACAUCAUUCUUUACCUCUGUCUUAUUUUCCAGAAUGAUCCAACAUCUCAUUUGGGUUUCUUUACUUAGUAGCAGCCUCUAUGAAACUGUAGGAUUACAAUCUCUCAGUAGUAUUGAUUGUCUUUGCUUCUGAGGAGUUCUGCAUUCUGCUUGUCUGAAUGUAUCCCAUGGAAAUUAGUGUUGAGAGCGGCUCAUUCUUUCCAUGCAAUUAUUUGAAUGCUGAAGAAGAACACAUUUUGCGCUAAACAGUUUUGCUCAUCUGCCAACUUUUGGCUAGUAAAUUUGCAAAGCAAGGAAUGCAGGAAACAUUGUGCUACAUAUUUUUCUGAAGUUGUUAGUUACAUGGACUGGUACUUAACAGUGUUUUCCGGUAACUUGGUUGUUGUCUUUUAACCCCACUUAUUCUCCAUGUGCUUCAAUGAAUGAAAGAUAAAAAUGACUGUUGCCAUGGGGUGACUUCUCAUAUUUUGGAAAGUAAGAAAUAACCAUACUGCACCUACGUGGGUUAGCUUUGUAUUUAACUGUGUUAGUCAGUAGAGAAAUGGAAGCAACUAACAUGCUACUGAUGCUCUUUUAAUAGGGGGCCUCCCUUUCUACACAAAUCAGAUUCUGCGAGCAGCCAAGUAUACCACAACAUCUUUUUCAUCACUCAUAGUGCAGUUAUUUCAAAUGAUCUUGCUGAAGCUGGGCUAUGACUGUAAAGGUAUUUCGUUUUUUAGCUUAUCUUUUUCUUUGUCCAUCCAUGCCACACACUUAAAAAACAAAUUCUGAACCCCUCUGAUGCCUUAGUGUGUGUAUGCUUCUUCAUGUCUUUCACUCUGCGGCUUUAUUAUGUCCUCUUUGGUGACCUGGCUUCUUGCUUUCAAUUGCCUGCCUUAUAUAUAUAUAUUCUCUUAGAAGCAUCAGUAUUCAGGCAAAAGGCACUGGUGCAGGUUCUCCUUUUUUCUUCUUUUCUUGAAAAGGCAUGAAUAGUGGGCUUUGAAUGAAAGCUUAACCUUGAUUAUGAAAGUAGAUUAUUUAAACUGCAUUACAUUAUUGAUAAAAAUCACACUGUCCCAGUCUUUAAGUGCUGGGGUUUUUCUUCUUUCUUUAGUGUUUAUAUACAGUGUAUUUAACAACAAACAUGCUUGCUUUGGUCAGGUGUAUUACAUAUUCCGCCAUAGAAGUAUAACUCCUGGCUGUCAUUGGCCAACUACUGCUUCUCAUUUGUGUUUUUAAGAUAGUCCCAUUAAACAUUUUUACAUGAAUGCCCAGAAAUCUAAUGUGUGGAUGUGACAAGUGUGUUUUCAUCUACAUAUAUCAUACCAGUAUGUGCCCAAGGGAGCUGGGAUGGUCUGCAGCUUCUGUAGCAAACCCACACUUCCAUUGCAUAAUACUGUGCUUGCAAUAUUGGCCCUGGAUACAAAGAACCAUGCAUCUAAUGCCCAAGAGCUCUUUGGAAUUAUGUUUCUCAAGCACCAUGGCAAACCUGUUUUUCGUACUGUGCGACAUGACAUUCUGCUCUGCAAAUUCCACCAUAUGGGGCUGAGCCCUUGUUGACCUCUUUGGAUCCUGGUGUUGUCUUGUAAUGGCCUUUCUCAUCAAGAUGUACUUGGUUUCUCUUUCACGAUUUGUUUCCUGCAGGAAAUCAAAGCAUAUUAAAGUAUUUUAAAAUAUUUUUCUGGUGUCCUUUGGUCUCCAGAAGUGAAAAGAGAGUGUGUUUAAAAUGUCAGAAAAGCAGGCCUGGUCUUCUUUAGAAGGCUUCUAAGCAGAACAAAUAUUAGCAAGCAACAAUCACCCAGGAAUAUAAAUAGCUUUAGAAAUGCAGACCAGCAGAAUUCAUGAGCAACCCUCCUCCCCCCACCGCAAAAAAACUAAGAUGGAGCAUAGCUCAUCCUAGCUAGUUCAACUUAAACAUCAUUUUCUGGGUUGAGUUUCUUAGGACCUCAACUAGCUUUUAACAAAAGAAAAUCAUUUAUUUGCUGUCAGCUAUGUGCAAACCGGGGUACUGUAUAUAUGGGUACAAUCCAAAGAACAGCUGGCCUUAAAAUAGGCACACCCUGGGGGUCUUUAUGUUUGUAUUUCUUCUCCACACUACUCCAAAGAUACCUGUGCUGUCCCCUUUUUCUCCUUUCUGGGUGUGGGGUGGUGAGCUGCUUUUGUAAAUAAGGUGACUUUCCAUGUCACGUUGCAGUUUAUCUGUGAAAGAUGCUGUGCAAAGAAAUCAAAAGAUUGCAGUGGACACAUCGUGCCUGCUGUUGGACUUUUCUGGGUUGUAUUUUCUGUUUUUGCAGCCUGUGAAAAUCUUUGUUCUUCUAAAUUAUUUGUUUUUCUUGUGCUGCAGCUCACUCUAGCUACUGUGGAAGCAUGAAUGUAAAAGAAUUUCUCAGGGAAGAUGGCCACCUGGGUAUGAAUGGAGAAUCAAUGUGUAAGUGACAGAUUUUGAAAAAGUGUUAUUUUAUUUAUUGUUGCAUUUAAAUCCCACCUUUCUUCUAAGGAGAUGAAGGUGGCAUACAUGGUGGCAUUCCUAUUUUGUCAUAACAACCCUGUUAAUAAUUCUGACUUUUGCAGGGAUAUUACGUAAUUUUGUGGAAGCUGGAAAAGCAAUGUAUCUUGGCCAUGAUUCAUCCUGCACUUGCAGGAAGUUCCAGUUGUUUGCUCCGUUACCUCUCUAAGUGCUUUAUUAUCAAUUACUUUUCAACAGUUGUCUUCAUAGAUGCAACUGUCUAUGGGAUUUAAUUUUAUUUUUCGCUAAAGUUUGGGAGGCAAAUCUGCAGCAUGAAUGUGUCAAGUGAUACAGACCACAGAGGUUUGUGGCAUGCCUGCCUCUCCCACUGCAUUGCUGCCUGCUCCCAUUUCUAUAGAUAAGAGGCAGAAACACACCAAGAUUCUGGGGGAGGAAUCUGGGGGGAAAUAAAUUUCUGUGACAUAUCUGGCACACCACUGUCUUCUUGAAUGUGUUAUAUUAAUUGAUUGUUACCACAACCAACAGGUGAUGACUGUAAGGGGAAGAAACACCUUGAAACACACACAACAGCCCACAUGCAAUCCUCAAGGUCUAAAAGAGUAGCAAGGACCAUUUGGCACAUCUUUUCUUACACAGGUUGACUUGCACCAUUUUGUUUUCGUAUUUUGAUUUCUUUUGCUCUCAUCAUCACAAUCUCUUCAUUGUUAAUUGCUCUCUCUGUUGUUGUUUUUAGAGCUUUCUUGCAAAGUAGAUUAGAGUGACUUGCUUGUGUCAGCCAACACCUCUUAUCAGCUCUUGCUAUGAGUUUAGGUUGACCCCUGUCAUGAAGGAAGGUUGGAGCAGAUAAUCCUCAUUCUACAUAUGUUGCAGAACUGUUAGGAAGGCAGAAUACAAUAGCUUGUGCUAUUGUACUAAAAUGGAAUGUUACAGAUGAGGAACAAUAAUCUUAGAGAAGAGAGUUUCUGGUCGUCGUCCCCCCCCCCCCCAAUCUUCUAGCUAAAAUAGAUCUACACCUAAUAAAUACAGUCUUUUUAUUUUAUUAACAAAUGCUUAGCAGUAUGACUCUUUCAGUGAAGUACGUAGUAUUCUCUCUCAAAACCAUUCUUGUUUAUUAAAAAUAACAUGGUAGUAAACCCAUGGAAAACAGAGCCUGUUGAAUUAUCAAAUCCAAUGUUUCUUUAUAAUGUUAGUUCCAGUUUUUCUCUGCUGUAAUGCUAAUAAAAUAUUUUGUAUGUGGAUGAAAAACAAAACAAUCCCAGAGUGUUUUAAAAUGGUAGUGUUUUUAAUUGAAGAUGCUCCCCAUUUUCUGUGUUCAUAUUCAUCUGUGUUAUAUUAGGUUACUUCUUGCUACAUAUGUUACAAAGAAUGGGAACCGCAGGAUGGUUUGUGUCCAGGAAGAUUUUGUCACUCCUUUGGCUAGCUGUUGUGUCUCCAGGUUACUAUUGAUUUUGUGUGUGUAUGUUUAUGCUUUUGCAUGAGUAUUCUGCCUUUUAAAGCAUACUGGCAUCUUAUAGUAGAUGUGAUCAGCUGAUUUAACCUGGAUUUGUGAUCCUUAGGGCAGCUUCAAAUGCUACACAGAAACAUUUCCUACACAAAAAGCAUUUCCUGUAAGUGCCAUGGGGCUUGUUUGCACCAUCAGUAUAUCUGAUGAGGCAUGGGCUUUGGAAAGAAGGCUUUCAAAUCAAUAGGCUGAAAUCUCUGUAUAGAACUACCUACCUAAAUAGUCUGGAGAUCAGGAGGAACCAACCACUUUCUAUUUCCUGCAGACACUAGCCCUGCUAUGAACAAAAGGUCACAAGUGUUCUCCAUCGUCCUAUACAGCUCCUCCUUCUUAGUUCCUGAAUGUCCAGCAUUUUUAGUUGGAAAAGAGGAUGAAACUUGUUUGUAGACUCAGUGGCAUAGCUAGCCACUUGGGUGCCGGGGGUGGCCCACACAUCCUGCAGCCAGGGGCAGGGCGAGCCGCCUAUGGGAGCUGGGCUUGCUGCAUGGAGCCUCUCUGCCCCCUUCCCCUCAGCUGUAGGGCGGCUGAGGGAGAGGCGGUGGGCAGGCGCAAGCCCCACGCUGUCGUUUCAGGCAGCGCGGAACCUGCAGGCACCCAAGCCACCACGUCACUCCGAGGAGAGACGCUGCAGGCCCUGCAGUAACUGCCGGCCCCUGCGGUGUGGCAUCUAGUGCCACUCGCGUUUCAUUAUGUUUGUUGACCGAACUAAAAAGUUUCGUAAGCCCAGGGUUUAUUUUUUUAAAAAGCACCCUCAUAUUUUUGUCAUUUUGUCACACCCCUCAGUGAUGACACCCGGGCGGCCCGCACCCCCCUUACUCCGCCACUGUGUAGACUGGCUUAGUUUUCACAUUGUUGCCUAUGUUGAAGCGCUUUUCAUGUAGGAAAUGAACUUGUUUCAAGCAUCCUUUUGGUUUUUCCAUCAUUGUUUGCUUAAUGCUAACAUCUGUAGCGUGGUUGUGUACACAGCUUAUUAAUAACCCGGCAUACCUUAUACAGUGUGCCUGCUUCCAGUAUUGCGAGGCAGAAUUAACUAGUUGUGAAAACAGAGGGCUGCUCUCAGAAAUAGAGAAACUGACUCCUUGCAAUUCCAUGUAACCUUGGGCAUCUUACUUCAUCUCAUUCCCCAAGGGGUUUCAUUGACACACUAAGUACAUGCACUUUUCUUUUGUAAAUUGUCAGACUUCAGUUGCUACUGCAUUACUCUCUGUUGCAUGACUUUGUGCAUGCGUGUGUGACAUUUCAGGUUAUGAAUAUAGAUUGUAAUAUGAUGUGCUUUGGACUGAUUUUAAUGUUGCAUGUGUGUGGUCAUUUGCCAAUACUCAUUUACACCCAAAAUCUGCAUGUCCUAUAAUAUUAUUCUACAGCACUCACCUGUUGCUUCCGCUUGGUCUCCUCCUAAGCCAGUGGUUUUCAAACUGUGUUCCAGGGAAGCUUAGAUCUCCUCAAUGAAAAGAUGUGUAAUGGUGGACACACUUUCCCAAGAGGCUACUCGCCCAACAUUACAGAACAUCCCCUGCAGUGUGAAGCUACAGGGCCAUGUUGGCUGUCUCAGGUGCAUCUUGGUUCAUGGAUGAUAGUGGCCAAGCUCUGCAGGCCUAGCCAGUGUCUGUGUGAAUGGAGGAUGUGGCUUAGAAUAUGUUCCAGGAUCCUCAUCCACUUACAGGGAUUCCCAGCAGACAUGUUGAUUUGGAAAAGUUUCCCUGAAGACCCAAACGUUUGAAAACUAUUGUCUUUGGUGAUUAUCUUACAUUCCCAAUUCAGCCAGCGUUGUCUGUUCUCAUCUAGGGAAGGCAGCUGCAGGAGUGUUCUGGUGGCUUGGGACUGGAUGGUAUCAACUUGUUACUCUGAUUUCUUUGCUGAAUGUGUUCCUUCUUACAAGGUUUGUAAGCAUUUCUUAACAGAAUUUGGUCACCAUGUGUUUAGGAAACCGAUUGUAGAUCAGUUUUCUUCAUCACAGUUUUAUCACUGGAAACAAUUGGAUUAAAGAUGAUAUAGUCUCAUUUUUCAGCUGGUUCAUACAUUAUGACAAACCACUGGAUUAUUACAAAGCGCAGGGAGUCUUGGACACAAAUGUUCUCCCCCAACUCCAUGAUGUGGUUGCAAGCACAUUGGAAACUUUCAUUUUCGUUUUAAAACAACCACUGUUUGUCAAGGACAAACAGUGAUUAAUUUUAAUAUUUAAUCCUAUUGCUGUUGGUUGAAAUAAGCCAACUUCAAACCAUUGAUUAUAAAAAUGACAUGUUUCAACAAGCCAUAGUUAAAGUUAACCACCGAUUAGGUUACAGAUGUAUUGCUAUACUGAUGUUCGCUGAAAAUGGAAAUGAAAGUGUCCAGUCUUCACAGCUAUGCUGUGGGUGCCAGGUGCACACAGGCUGAAACUUGCUGCUACUUGUUCUUGUUAUGAUGAACCAUGUGCAUUGGAAAGCACUCAGUUUACUGAGCUUGUUUGGUGGUUAUUAAAUUCUGCAAGCUAGGCUAAGAAGUUGCCUCCGGGUUUCAAUACUGGGGUUCUCAAGACAAAGUGGUAGAUUUUCUCUGAAAGAAUAAUGCUGCCCUGAGCAGAUUGGGAUCCAAUUUAGGAUAGAGAGAGAUUUAUCAUUUUAUUUUAGUAACCAAAACUAAAAAAAGUAUGCCAUGUUAAUUUCCCUUGCUGUAUAAAUAACUCAGAAGUCCCCCCCAAAAAUUAAAAUAUCUUCCUUUUAAAUGAAUAAAAUAAAAUAAAGCAUAGUUAAUGUACAUAAAAACAAAUUCAAAUCAAACAAAUACUUUGUUUGGAAACUUCAGUUUGUUGGAAUACUUGUAAGUACAGUGGUACCUCGGGUUACAUAUGCUUCAGGUUACAUACGCUUCAGGUUACAGAUUCUGCUAACCCAGAAAUAGUACCUCGGGUUAAGAACUUUGCUUCAGGAUGAGAACAGAAAUCGUGCUCCGGUGGCUUGGCGGCAGCGGGAGGCCCCAUUAGCUAAAGUGGUGCUUCAGGUUAAGAACAGUUUCAGGUUAAGAACGGACCUCCGGAACAAAUUAAGUACUUAACCCGAGGUACCACUGUAUUUUAAGCAUGGCAAAUAUUUUUAAAGAAAGAAAAUGUUAGCACUGAAACUGGUUAAAUUAACUUGGCCAUGCUCUAAGAACUUCCUGUCCCCAUUCCAGUUGCUCAGUUUGACUUGCAUUAAUUCAUUAUAUUUUUUAAAAAUGUAUGUAGUAAUGCAUUCCACAAAUGGAAACUUUUCAAUGGAUUAAUAUAGCAGUGGAAAAAAUGUCCCUCCCACAUCACUCCUCUAAAUUUAUUUUUAAAAUUGACUUUAUAACACAGAGGAGAGAUAAUGGCCACAAUCCUAAAAUCCAUGCAAUUUAUUUUCUGCGACCAUCAGGACUGGAACACAAGCUUCUGUUGAGAACAUCAGUGCGUUCCAGAGGCAGUUUGCAGUACAUCACACCAAGUCACUGUUCAAGAGAGAAAAGUCCUCCUAGGCACCUUUUAAGCCUAUGGGCAAGUCUAAACUGUUCUAGAUUGUGGUCUGUAGUCUAAUAUGUGCUGCUGUUUUCUCUCUGAAUGGGUUACAAAACUAUCUUCAUAAUGUUGUUGGCAUUGUUACAGAUCACGGUCAUAAAGAGCUUAAGUAAUGGAAUUGAAAUUUUCAGUUAUAUGUUACAUGUUCAGGCAACCAAUGGCAGUGAGCUAAUUGCAGUGAAAUUCCUUUAUCUAUUUUCCAGAUGCCUUCCAAAGAUAUUCAGACUGCUGUUGUUUCUCCUCCCGCUAUUGCUGUUGCUAGGUAGGCGGAAAUGUAUCAGUAGAAUGAGCCUGAAAUCUUACUAAUCUAGGUUACCUAUUUAUAGGGUUGUGUGUAUUCAGCCUACAUGUGUGGCCCACUCAGACUGAAUGCAGCCAACCAGCCACGUAACAGUGGUUCAUCUAGAACAGGGAUGUCCAACUUCCAAGAGAUGUGAUCUACUCCCACUAUAAAAACACUGGCAGUGAUCUACCCAUUGGAUUGACCAAAGUUGUUGAGGGUUUUGAGGGGGUGUCACUCAAUCAGAAUCACGCAAUUGACCAGGAACACCCCAUGAUCAACCGGUCAAUCGCGAUCGACCCGUUGGACAUCCCAGAUCUAGAAUAAUUUCCCAAACUUGGAUCUCAAGCGGUUUUUGGACUACAACUCCCAUCAUCCCUAGCUAGUAGGACCAGUGGUCAGAGAUGAUGGGAAGUGAAGUCCAAAAACAACUGGAGGCCCAAGUUUGGGAAACACUUAUCUAGAAGCUUGAGCAGCCUUUUUUCCUGCUUGCCUAGGUAUGGAAGUGUGUGUACACAUGUCUAGUACCUGGUGAGCCACAAUUAUGGUGAAUAAUUCAUUGCAGAGCCCCACAUCCAAUCCCUGUAGAUGUGGUCCGCUCCCACCGCAGCUGGAAGGUUAAGAGUGUGCCCAGCUACACAGAUGGUGAAUCUUUGUAGCAACAGAAGUGUCUAAGUACAAUAAUUAUGUAGAAUAGCACUUCAUAUAGAGGGAUGACUGAAAGGUUUUAAGCAGCGGAAUUGGUAGAAAACAUUAAUUUAUUGGAGGGCAUAGGCCCUGGGAUUUAUUGGGAACAUUGGAAGCUCCUUUAUUCUAAGUCAGGCUGUUGGUCCACAUCACUCUCUAUGUCUGCAUGGAUUGACAGUGAUUCUCCGUGAUCUCCGCCCUAUCAGGAGAUGCUGGAGAUUGUAGCUGAGGCUUUCCGCAUGCAGCCUAUAUGCUUUCCAACUGAGUCAUGGCACUUCCCUGUUGCUCUUCAGUUCCCAUAGUUUUCAUAUCUGCAUUGAGAAAGGAUGUAGACCACGAGUAGGCAAACUAAGGCCCAGGGGCCGGAUCGGCCCAAUCGCCUUCUAAAUCCAGCCUGCGGAUGGUCCGGGAAUCAGCAUGCUUUUACAUGAGUAGAAUGUGUCCUUUUAUUAAAAUACAUCUCUGGGUUAUUUGUGGGGCAUAGGAAUUCGUUCAUUUCAAACCCCCACCCCCCAAAAAUAAUAGUCUGGCCCCCCACAAGGUCUGAGGGAUAGUGGACCGGCCUCCUGCUGAAAGUGUUCGCUGACUCCUGAUAUAGACUGUGGUCAAAGUUAUUAAUUUAAUGAUUAAUGCCAAAUUAAAGUUGGUUUAUUUUGCUGAACUUACUUUAGAAAAAAAUCUGAGGAUUUCCUGUUCUCAAGAUCUUCAUCUUUACCCCUUUUUCCUUCUUUCUUUUAGGAUUAUGGCACUGGGGUACCGAAGGUUUCCUUUCGUUAUUGCCAGCUUUGAAUUGGACAGGCAUACACAGAAUACACAGCUGGGAAGAUUCUGCAAAUAUCAUUGAGGCUCAGCCCGAUGACUCUUAUGCUCUUCCAUACCCUGAUGUAAGUGCUCUUUAAAAAUAUGUGUCUUAAGGCUUUUUGUUUCGCAAGUGAAGGCUAAGGGGCUCUGGAUGUUACUCACUUUUACCUGCCAAUAUUAUGGAGGGUUGGGAGUGAUACAACCAAGAGCUGGCCAUAUUAUUUUCUUCCUGUUGUGCAGGCCUUAGUCCGCUAUGCCAAACAUGACAUAUGCCAGCCAUGUACAGCAGCCUGCCAGCAACUAUUGUUGCUGCCUGUCUUGACUUUCCAGGUGUCUGACAGGCUCUCUCUUUUUGAAACUCCAGCGCAUGAGGCUGGCUUGAUGCUUCACACGUUGUGUUGACUGAUAGAUAGCUCAUCAAUAUGCAUAGUGCAUAGUUUUGUUUUGUUUUUUAAAAAAAGCCCCUUCCCCAAUGGAUGACCUUUGGACUCCUCCCCAUCUCCUUUCCAUGUGAAGUGUAUGGUUUAAAUCCGUCUCUUAAAUUUUAUUUUAUCAUUUGUUGCUUUGGGGAUAAUGAGAAUUAAUCCCAAAAUCUGGAAUAAACUCCCAAGAGAGGUAUACCAUUCUUAUCACUGCAUGCUUUUAGGCAAAACAGUGGAGACAAUUUUAUUUCAUUGGACCUUUUCUGAAUGGUGUUAUUAUUCAGGAUUAACUGCAGCUGCUACUUUAGUCUGCUUCUCUAACUUGUUUUAAGGGUUUUUGUUUUGUUUUACAACUGUAAUUUGUUGCAGUUGUGAGCUAUUUUGUUAUUGUAAACCACUAUGAAUGUUUUAGAACAGAGCUGGAGUAUAAAUGAAUAAAUACCCUUAAAAUUAUAGGAAACUAUGAAGGUAUUUGAUGCAGAUCGUGUGAUAGAGCUGGAAAAGAAAAUGGCCUUUAUAUCUAAGAGAUGGCAUCAUCGGGAUGAAGAAUAUAGUAAAAUGCUACUUCUCUUGCAAAGCCUUCAAGAUCAAGUUACCCAGAUGAAUGACAAAAGUGAAAUGCUGACACUCAUUAAAAAUGUGGUGGGCCAGCAUAUUAAAGAAAUGAAACCUGAUGAAACACUACACCCAGCGGUAAUUUGUUUGGAACUGUUUCUUAAAACUUGGGAGUUUUAAUGUGAUCAUUACAGACUUGUCAUUCAAAUACUCAAUAAUACUUCUGUUGUAGGAGGCUGUUUAGAACUGACAUGGGAAAUGAGAGCUUGUGUGGGUGGGAUACAAGUGUUUUCAGCUUGCACAUGAUAAUAGUUUAGCAAACUGCAUUAUAGUCAUUCUCACUGGAAGCAUUUCAUUGUAAUUCCAUUCAGCCAAAUGCAUAUGCUUAAGCUGAAGGUGGUAACAUUAAAAAUGCAUUAUUUGAUAUAAAGCCCAACAUGCACACGUUCCUAUGAUUAGCUUAAGAGUUGAAUAACUGUCUCUUAAAGGAAGAAAAUAUGCUUUUCAUGAAUGGAUUUUAAAAUGAUACAAUUUUACUUCUUUACCUUUUCAAACUGCAUUAAAUAGCUCUCAUACGGUCAUUGUACUUAAAUAUGGCUUCAGGAUAAACAGAUAUUAUUUUGGGUUGUGUGGUUAAAAUCCAUACAAUAUUUAAAUAUGGGAGGGAUCUUGUGAGCAAUAAGCUUCAAAACUUACUAUUCUCUUUUAUCUUUAAAGCGUGACUUUCUGACCUUGCAUCAAGAACAUGAAUGGCGCAUUGUAGCUUUAGAAGAUCUCCUUGCAAAGCUCUCACAAAAAUCAGAGGUAAUGAAAAGAAUGAUAGACUUGCUUUAAGAGUUUCUUUCAGUAGCAAAGGCUGUAAUUUUAAGAAUACUUGAUUGGAAGUAAGUCCCAGCGAAAUCCACAGGUUGCUUUCAAGCAAAUAUGCUUAGGGAAGGGGAAGAAGACAAAGAGAAAUCUGUCACCUCAUGAGUGUGGAACCUCAGGUCAGGGAGCCAAAUGUGAGUGUCCAGGCAUCUCUAUUUUUGGAGAUUAUCUCCUAGAACUAAUGCUGUUGCAAACCCUCCUCCAAUUGGUCAUCUGGCCAGAAUGUCUCCUUGAACUUUGGUAAUGCCUCUUGCUUGCCUAGAUGGGAAGAGAUGUAUUUGGUCACAAAGUGGUAGUUUAAUGGCUAUUAUGCUGGGCUUGGAUGUGGGAAGUUUAGGUUCCAAUUGUCUAAAAAUCUCACUGGGGAUACCCCUUGGCAUUUUCUCAAUCUCUCAAUCAAACCAGCUUCUCAGGAUGGUUGUGAGGAUAAAUACCACGAGUUGCUCAUAAGGCCAAAAGUGUGCCAAAUGUAUAAUAUGUUGUGAGAACCAGAAUUUUCAAAUUUGGAAGGCAGAUAGAUUUUUCCAGCAUUAAGAAAUAUUUUUUUAAAAAUUGCAGUUAAGCAUUAAAAAAUAAGAUAUGUGCUGGGAUAAUGAAAGACAGUUGGUUUGACCAAACAAGAUUUAUUCUGGAUAAACAUCAGACAAAAAGAGGAAAGGAUUUUUCACUUGCAAAGAGGCCCUAGUGAAAAUACGAUUAGUAACCUCAAGUGCAGUCUUGGGAUCCAGAGUGUUAUGUGGAUCUCCAUAUGUCAGGUAAUGUUUCUGCUUCUUCUCUGGAAGAAGGAUUGUGCCUUCCUUUCUUGUGAUGCACUCCCUUCCCCCAUAGCCAUAUGUUGAGUUAAUGGAUAAGAGCUGGAUUACAAUAACUACCACCACCGAGUAGUUUAUGAGCAAUUUUCUUCCCCAAGUCACAUGCAGUCCCAAUUGGAGUCCAGUGCCUCUGCCACUUUCUCUCACCCGCCCCCAUUCCACCAUGGCAUGAAUAUGUCAAAAUUGCUAUCAGAAUGCAGAAUGAAUAAGUUUAGAAAGUAUGCAAAUUGGUUCCUCAUCCUCUACUUUUUCCAAGUCCAAGUUUCUGUUGUCUGGGAAUCUUUUCUUCACAGCAUCUCUUCUGUAGUUCAGAAUAAGGAGGUUCCAUGUGAAUUUAAUCAUUUUGUUAUUUUUCAGGGCCUUCAAAAGGAACUUGAGCUAACCAAAGCACAAAGAAUGAGGUAUGGCUGCAGCUAGCUCCUUGCUACUAAGCAGUUAAAACUAGCCUGUAAACAGAUAAUAACUGUUCUUCUUUUAACACCUCUGAAUUAAAAAUGGGUGGGUGGGUCUAUAAGGGGGGUGGCUUUAGCUACUGAAUGUUUGGCCUUUGUUGUCACUAUACUGCAUCUUGAAAUUACAUUCUAAAACUUGCUAUAAGUCUGGAAUAUCAUUCUGUCAUUCCACCAACUCAGAAUUUAUUUUCUUUCUGGUGACUUGUUUUAAUUCUAUACUUGUUUUACACUGGCUUAAACCAUAUGCCCAGAAAAUUGAUUUUAAAGUUUCAAAAUUCAGUUUGUUUGCUGAUUAGCUUACUGCUGCUUUGUGCUGAAACUAUGCAGUAAUGGAAUUCAGCAUUUUCACCCCACCAAGCUACUUUAAAACAACAAUUGGAAUUUAAUGUCUGUUUCAUGUCUACGUAUAGUAGCAAAUUCAACAAAAUGCUGUGAAUUGUAUAGAAAUUUCCAAAGAGUUGUAUGAACUUUGGGUGGCUUUGAACAUUUCCCCAAAUGAAUAAUAAGCUAAGUGUGAAUGGUUCAUACCUUCAUCUCCAUUGCUGCUUUUUUAUCUUGUUCAUAGUGGAGUAGAGGGAACAUGUUUAUCACAUCAAAUAUGUUCUUGCAUGCAUGGAGAACACAUCUCUCUGCCAAAAACUUGUUCAUUUUGUUUUACUUCAGCGUAAUGUUUUGUUGACUGUUACUAGAUCUGUUCCUAAUAGUUCUGAUAUUUGAACUUUGUCUUUUAUUAUCUUUCUGUGCUGUCAGUGACACUGAUGAACAAAACAAGCAUCUGUUAUCCAAGAUUAAACACCUAGAACUUGAGUUAGGUCACAUGAAAUCAGAACUGCUAAGUUCACAGGGUUUGAAAACUUGCUGUGACAGAAUGGAUACCCUUCAUGAAAAGGUAAGUUCAAAAGGAGACUUCCCUGAAUGAAGUUUAAUAUGUUGUAUUUGUGCACCCAGUUCUGACAAAGCAUUUUGUGUCCAAGGCAAGAUUCCUGGGGGGAUUGAUUUGCUGAGAAGCAUAUGGUUGUGUCUGUUUAGCUUACUCAAAAUACAAUACCAUAAGAUGCAAUUGGUUUCAGGACUUUACAGGACUGUCUACAAGCAGGAGGCUGGCCUACUCAAUUUCUGUGGGGAGGCACUAGCUUAUAGUUCUUUAGAAUUUUCUUUUGGCUAUCCCUGUCAUUCCAUUUGAAGAUCAUGGUAAAUGGAUUAAAGGCUGUAGAGCUGGGAUCCAAAGAGCAGAUUAGUCCCACAGAAGGGGUUUACAGAAACCCAGUGGAAUUUCUGACUUAUUUCCUUUGAAUAGUUAACAUGAAUGACUAUGACAGAGGGAAUAUGGUUUGUUCCCUAACAGUGUAUUAAAACAUAAUGUUGAAGAACCUCAACUUUUAUGUUACAGCAGUCUGAUUGUUGGGAAUAGCAGGAAACUAAAAUAAGUAUGUGUGUUAAGAGAACCACUAUUCUAUUUGGAAAGUGAUCCAAAGCCAGUGAUAUAACUUGCCAUAUGAUAUGUUUCUAGGUAGAUGCCCAAGUUAAAGAAUCAGUCAAGAUCAUGCUUUUUGGCAACCAACAAGGAGACUUGCCAGAAUCACUGCUUCAGUGGCUAACAUCCAAAUUUGUGAGCAAGAGCGACUUGCAAAAUUUGUUACAAGAUCUGGAGUUGCAGAUCCUCAAGAACAUAACUCUCCACAUGUCUGUCGCAAAUACAAAGUCAACUUCAGAGGUAGUAACGAGCGUUGUGAAUGAGGCUGGGAUUUCAGGCAUCACAGAAGCGGUAAGUAAGACGAAAAAUAUUGUACAUUUCCACUAAAACUCUAGAUUGCACUUUUGUGAAACAGCUUCAUUAAACUUAUGCUUAAGUUUCUGUGCAUUUCAUUUUUAAGACAGUAAGUGCAAUUCGUCUUUAACUACAAAUGUUUUUCAGGAGAAAGAUGUGAGCAAUAUUUUAGAUAAAUGAUAAAAAAGAUGGAGAUGGAGACAGUCCAUGUUUUUGUCUAUUAACAUACAUUUAAUUUAGUGUGGUAUGAUUUUGAAAUGUUAGCUUUUUUACUUUGGCCUCUAAGGACUCUUAUUUUGAAUGUCAGCUUUUUAAAUAAUGCAGUGUCCCAUACCUUUCCAUACGAAGAAUCCAGAUUAACUCCUGCCAAGUCUGUUCACAAUUGCAAAAUUCUGAAUCAUGCUGCAAUAAGAAAGUGUCCAGCUAAUUGCUCGCUGUACAUUGUAGUGUCUUUAAGGAGUGCCAGGUGUGGAGAAGGUGUAUCCUGGCAUUUUAUGAUAGUUCCAGUUUCAUAGAGUACUGCAUCCCCAAAGCAUUUGGGCAAUCCCACCAUAAAUGAAAGCACAUCUCAAGGGUUUGGCAUCCCCUCCAACAUUUUGGCAAGGAACCAGUGCUCGUGUAAAAUAGUUAUGUGGUGUUAAGUACAGUUUGUGAAUUGACUUUAAUGUGAGUUCUUUGUUCCUCACUGAGCCAGAACGAAAUGUUAGUCUUGCUCCAGUAUUUGAAAUUAUAAUUUCAUCAGUGUCAUUAGAUGAUGAUACCUUGGAUCCAGAGUUACUCUUCCAUGAAUGGAAGGGUGUAUGAACUUGUGGAAGCUCACACUGGCAGAAGUGAAGGAGGCCAUUUUUCAGUGAUUCCUCUUUCUCUCUGUGCCAUACCUCAUUCUGUUCUGAAGGAUCCUGCAACAUUCAUGAGCAGAUCUUCAGGGCACUGCAGGAGAAAGGAAGUUUCAACAAAAUUGCCUCUCUCUCCCUAUGCCAUUGUUCCCAACUUUCAUCCACUAGAAGCACCCCGUAAGCAAAGAUUCACUUCCAAUAACAUGGGAUCCAAGCCACUGACUGUGAUUUCGUGCUGGGAAUAACUUUGCAGCUGGCUUGUAGAAACAAAUGCUUUGCUACCAACACCAGUCCUAAUUUUGUAGACCUCUGCCCAUGUUAAUCAUGUCUGGCCUUUGCAGAAGUUGUUCUUUCUCUUCUUUCUUCUUCAUUAAAGCUUUCCUUAUCUAGUCAUUUGCAGAUAAUUAUUACCCAACACAAAUUUCUAGGCUAGUGUCUAUGUGCAGUUCUGAGAAGGUGAUGUCUUCAGGGCUUGCUGGGUUAUAAAGCUGGAAAUAAAAAAUAAUAGGCAUAUAAAAUAAAUCCUGAUGAAACAUUUAUUUGAAAUUUACAUACCAUAUUUUCUACCAGUAAGAGUGGCAUUCAAGGUAGAUAUGCAACAAAAUUAAAUAAUGUAAUCAAGGUAAUGUAACAAACACAAACAUAAUUUAAAAAUCAAAUUGUCAGAUUGGACUGCUUAAAAAUUAAAAAUGCAGCCAGAGAAACAUCAAUAAAAUUCCAGCCAUAAAAAGGAAAACCAGUCCCAUUCAUUCUGAAUGGUGUUUCAUAAAGAGGACAGCACAUCCAUAUUGACUGUAUUGGUUACUGCUCAGGAGUACAAUUUGUACUAUUGAACACUAACUCAGUUCAUAGUUCUGGCAUUGACCUUUAAAACUGUUAAUCGCCUGAGGCUUUGUCACAUCAGAAACCAGAUUUGCCCAUAUGUUGCUUCAAAGACUAGUUUGCCCAAGCCUUAAAGUUAAAAUUGGCCUUGAAGGCCCUCUUUGUCCCACCUCCACUGGGAAUACAGUUGGUAGGCCUUAGGAACAGGUAGUGUCACUGCUUUAGAAUACCAACAGGCAUCCUCUGUUUACAUUCUUACACUGGUUGCAUGAACUUUUUCUUAAUUCAGAGUGACAUUUUUUGGGAUACUAUAGCUAUAUAUCUAUAUCUAUAUAUGAGAACGCUGUAUAAAACAAUUCUAUGGCAAAAGCACAACUUGACAUCAGUGUGUCAGAAUGCUGAAAUACAGUGCUUACUCUCAAUUUCUCAUAUUCCUCUUAUGUAUAUUUGCAGCAAGCACGCAUUAUUGUCAAUAACGCACUGAAACUCUUUUCACAAGACAAGACUGGCAUGGUUGACUUUGCCUUGGAAUCUGGAGGUAAGUUCUGAGGGGAUAUUGCCUGUCUUACACCAGAGGUGUUGAGCAACCAUUUAAAUAGUUUAAACAUUUUGAGCUGAUCUUUAUUACAGAUAGCAAGUUCUGCAGAAGUUUUGCUGGCUCUAGAAGCCUUUCCAGUUGUGGCCCCCAAACCCUUUAACUUUUUCCCUGCGUGUAUUUGACUACCAGCUAAAAUAGCAGGUAGGAACCUUAGGCCUGGGGGGUGGGGCAAAUGCAGCAUUCCAGGCUUCUCUUUCUGGCCCUUGGGGCUCACACCAGGGCAUAACUCCUCCUUACCCUCUACCAUCUUUCCCCCAGACCACACUUCUCACUCAGCUUCAUACCCUCCUUGAGUGCUACAGCAUUAUACUAAUUAGAACUUGCUACUACUUUUGUUUCAUUUUGUAGUUUUCAGUGCCAGUUUUGCUUGAUUUUAAAUGGAUUUGUUUUGUAAGCUGCCUUCAGGGCACUUGUCAAAAGGCUGGGGUAUAAAUCCCCAAAAUAAAUAAAUAUAGAAUACUUCAUCCCAUAACAGGCUUUAGCUCAGAGACUAAUAGAGUUUGUGUGUAAGAGGCUCAGACAUAAGAGAAGUGGGUGGAGACAGCUUGGGAAAUAUGGCCUGGGCACCCCAGGAGAUUAACAGCUAGUUGCAUUGAGGAAAGAACAAUUUACUCUUGACUCUGCAGUUAUAGGAAUCUAGAAAUGUGCUUUAAAUCAAUCACUAGGAAAGCUAAAAUUCUCCAACCUGAAAACCUCUUUCUACCUGGUUUAGAAAGGAACCCUAGUCAGCAGGAGUCAUGGUUGAGAUUAGCACUGCUCUUGUUAAAGUUGAACUUAUUUCCCAUAAAAAUCCAUCUUGUGUAGAUACCUGUUUGGACAUCUGGGUGGCUUAUAUCAAUAUAUAUGGUUAAUUUAAGAAGGAUAUACAGAUGAUUAUUGUAUCCUAAAUAUGAGCCAACAGUGGGUUUUGUUUUUCCUUCACUUUUUUCCUUCGUUUUCCUUUUUAUUUGUUAAAUUUGCUUUUAAGAAUUAUUUUUAAAAAAUAAGAUUGGCAUAGAUAUUUUUGCCAUGUGUUCAGGUGGUGGGAAUGUAAAUAAUUCACUGCCAAGAGGGGAAGAGGUGGGAGAAGGGGGAGCACAUAUUUGAAAAGCUAGCUCCUAAUUGCUCAACCACAGCUAAGAGCAGAAGAGCCAGCUCCAUCUGCACCACCAGCCCUUGGACUCUAGAUUAUUAGAGCAAGGAAGGUGAGGCUGUUCUUUAUAAAGGAGAAAACAGACUGCUGUCCAGCAGCUAGAGUUUGUGCUGGCUGCCUUGUCUGUAGUCCCCCAAAGCAUAGUUGGCUGCCAAGGGUUGAAAACGGCUGCAUUAAGUAGCACAAGGUUUUAGUAUUUAAAAAGAAUGAAGAGGCACACGCAGAGUAAGUCUGCACUGUCUUAUUAACAAACCUGAAUAGUUUCCUUGUUUCUUCAAGGUGGCAGUAUUUUGAGUACUCGCUGUUCAGAGACGUACGAAACCAAAACAGCUCUAAUUAGUCUCUUUGGAAUUCCUUUGUGGUACUUCUCUCAAUCUCCUCGCGUGGUGAUCCAGGUAAUUAAAAGGCUAGUGACUUUUAAAACACUUGGGAAACAUAUUUUUCCUCUUAAAGGCAUAACUUGCUCAGGACUUUUGUCCAGAAGGGUUUCUGUGUCAACAGGUAAGGUCAUUUCUGCUUAGUACAGCAGUAUCUUGGCUUCCUCACAUCUUGUUGGCAUCCUGGCAUCAGCUUCUUUCUUUGCUCAUGGAAUAGGAAUGAAUUUUGUGCCAAUAUUAGAUGAGCUAACCUUGCUAUCACUUAGUUUCCAUCUCUUGUUAGCUUUUCUUCCAGAAUCUCUGGCAAGAAUUCGAUGAAGGUGCAUUUAUAUGUUGACUGUUGCUCAGUUCCUUACCACUGAGAUGCUUUGCAGCUAAAUUUGUGCACUCUUCAGAACCCAAAUGUUGACCGGCUUUCUGAAACGAUGUUACAGUCAUGAAUUCUGAUGUCUAGUAUAUCCCGUGUGUGCACAUUCUUGAAGUAUAGGGCUGUUCCGUAGGGGUGUAUGCCCUUAUACAGCCAGGACAGUUGUCACUGACCCAACACUGAGCUUCUUUUAUUAGCUAUUUCAUAAUUUUUUAUGCACUAGAUUGUAAAAAAAACACCAGUAGUUUUCAAAUUGUGUACACAGGAAGCCUGUGGCUUCUCAGGGUGUUCAGUGAGAAGAUCGGUAAUAAACUUCCCUGAAAAACUGCUUGCCCACCAAUAAGCACCUUCUGCAGUGUUCAUGUACAGGGGUAUUGAGUAUGCAACAGGUCUGGAUAAAAGGCAGAACAUGGCUUGUUGGCUCCUGAGGUGUGCCCCCCCCCCCCCAGAAUGCUGGACUAGAAAGCCUGAUCCAGUCCUUUAAAAAGAGAGCACAUUUAGGGUGACAAUGCAGAUCAGUCAUACCUCUUGCUUUGUAACUAUAAAAUAUACAAGUAGACUGUGGGGAUUCUAGCUUAAAAACAAAACAAAGAGACAGAUCACACCAAACUAAGGUCAGCUCAUAAUUAUUUUAGGAGGCACAGUAAGUUUAGAGAAGGUGAUGGUGAAACCAAACAGGCCUCAAACAUGUCACUCAAAUCCCCUACAAUAGGUAGAUUUCCCAAAACAGAUAAAACAGUGCAGAAAGUUUUAAAACCACUGAAUUAUGCAACAAAAGUUGCUUAAAGGUUUCUUAAAGGAAGCUAUUUCAGAUUAUAAUUGCUUCACAUUUUUUAUGAUGAUGCCACACAGCGUUAUUAUGUUGCUGUACUUUAGUUAUUAUAAUUUUGAGCUGCUGAGCUACAUGACUUAAAGGAUACGCACCAUCUAAGGAAAUUAUGCAAUUUCUCAGUGUAUGCUUUGUCCACAUUAUAAUGUCAGAUCUCUUGUUAUUUUUAAACUUAUGAAUGGAACUGUAACUUUUUUUUAUUUCUUCCCUUAAGCCUGACAUGUAUCCUGGAAACUGCUGGGCUUUCAAAGGAUCACAGGGAUAUCUGGUUGUCAGGCUUUCCAUGAUGAUCUACCCUACAGCCUUCACCCUGGAACACAUACCAAAAACACUUUCACCAACAGGCAAUAUUACCAGUGCUCCAAAGGAUUUUUCAGUAUAUGUAAGCUUUAUUUUUGACAAAAUAGAUUAGGGUGAUUUUCCUCAAAUUUAUUUAUUUUGCAAUUCUUAUAAAAGGAGGAUCAAAGGAAAAGGACUUUGAAUACCUCAGUAUAUUGAUUUAUCACCUAACCUGCCCCGGAUGUGCUUGCUUCAAAACUCUUCCCUUGGGAACUGUAUUUGACAUCUGUACAAGCAGCUGUAAGAACAGACUGUUCUAAUUAGCUUUUCAGUGUACCCAGAUAGAUAACAUAAAAGAAUUUUCAGUAAAACAAAGAAAUGAAAAGACCAGGAGAUCACACUUUCAACUUAAUAUUUUGUGUUAAAAUUAAAAUAGAAAGUCAAGAUGUGACGGUUUAUAAAAGUUACUCUUGCAUACAGACCACAUUUCAGCCAUUUCUAGUAUUUUACAUUGCAAUUAUCCUGAGACUUUGUGGUGGUCUUUGUAGAAAUCCAAGUAGUAAAUUCAUAUUUUUCAUAUCCUAAAAAUAUUCAGGGUGUGUGUGGGAUAUGUUGUGUGUCCUACCUGCUUUUAUUGUGAUCUUGUCUUUUUAUAGGGACUGAGAGAGGUUGAAAUUAAAACUGAAUCUUAUAGUUACCUUCUCUGGUGAGAACUCAGAAUAAUAUUAAACAUUUGUGUUGGCAGGGUCUUGAAAGUGAGUAUGAACAAGAGGGCAUACUUCUUGGGCAAUAUAUUUAUGAUCAAGAUGGAGAGCCAUUACAGAUGUUUCAAGUAACGGUAUGUCAAAAUUAGUACAAAGCCUAUCUGCCUUUAGGCUUCUUCUUUUUUACACUCUUGGAGGCAUUGACAUGAAUGCAAAUAGUAUUAGGUUUGGAUUUGCUCCUGUAAAGCAAAGAAGCUAGAUCAUGCAUGUGACAAAUAAAAUAUGAAAGUUUGGUUUGCUCCAGUCUUGCAUAUAAGCCCACAGAGAGUUUUACUAGCAUAAUUACUGCUCAUUCACAGAAAUCUUAAAGUAGCACAAGGCUUUCCAAACUGGAGGAAAUUUGCAUUUCAAAUUCCCCUAACUGCAAAUUCUCCCCUCCUCUAAUAUCACAUAAAUUGAUCUGUGAACUGUUGGCCCUGCCUUUUUGCAUGGGCUUGACGGAUUUUUUACCUAUUUUGACUGCAAUAGUGCAUGUAAAGUUGAAUGCAAAGGAAGCUGUAGCAACAGUUAUAGAUACAACAUUGUAAUCCUGCUUCUUUUAAGGACAAAAUACCGAAAGGCUAAUGGUUGUGUCCAAUACUGGUCCUGCUCAAAGUAAACCCAUUGAAGUUAAUGAACAUGACUAAGGGUUGCUAGGUCCUGCUGAGAAGAGACCCACUGAAAUUAAUAAACCUAAGUUAUUCACAUCCACUAACUUCAGUAGGUCUACUCUGUGUAGGACUAGCACUGCAUACCACCCUAACUUCUGUCCAUUAAUUUCAUUGAGUCUGCUAUGAGUAGGUUUUGGGUACAACCAUAAGCACCCAACUUAUUGCAAUAAGAAAUAACUGGUGUGAGUUAUGUGGUUAACAAGGGUUGGACUGAAUUCAUAGCAUUUAACAUUUAUAACAAUAUAAUUUAUUCUACAGACAAAUUACUUUUAAAAUAAGUUAUCUGCUAAGUUCUAACUUCUUCCUCGUUCUUUAUUUUUUUAGGAGACAACUGAAAAACCAUUCCAGAUAGUGGAGCUAAGAAUUUUUUCUAACUGGGGCCAUACAGAGUACACUUGCCUCUAUCGGUUUAGAGUGCAUGGGAGACCUGCUGAAUGA